AUGUGGCUCUACCUGGUGGUUCUUGGGAGCCUGUACUAUCUCCUGUGCUGGUCCCGGGAGAGGCAGGUGGUUAGUCAUCUGUGAGACAAGUAUGUCUUCAUCACGGGCUGUGACUCUGGCUUUGGGAACCUACUGACCAGGCAGCUGGACCUGCGUGGAUUGAGGGCGUGUCUGACGGAGGAGGGGCCUGAGAAGCUGAGGGACCAGACGUCAGACAGGCUGGAGACAGUGAUCCUGGAUGUCACACAGACAGAGAACAUCGCUGCAGCCACCCAAUGGGUGAAGGACCAUGUAGGAGACAAAGGACUUUGAGGCCUGGCCAACAAUGCUGGCAUCAUUUAUCCGACUGGCUGUAGUGAAUGGCUGCAAAUUGAGACCUAUGAGACUAUCCUUAAUGUGAAUCUGAUUGGUUUGAUAAAGGUGACUUUGAGUAUGCUUCCCUUGGUGAGAAGAGCACGGGGGAGGAUUGUAAAUGUCUCUAGUAUCAUGGGAAGAAUUGCAUUCUUUGGAGGAGUCUACAGUAGCUCCAAGUAUGGUGUGGAAGCCUUUUCAGAUGUUCUGAGGUGAGAACUUCAACAUUUUGGGGUGAAAAUCAGCAUAAUCGAACCUGGUUACUUCAGAACAGGAAUGACAGACAUGCAGCAAUUGUUAAAGAAAAUGACACAAGCCUGGGAAGAAGUCCCUACAAAUAUCAAGGAGGCCUAUGGACAGCAAUUUUUUGAUGCUUAUUACAACAAGGCCAAACAAGGGCUGCAGAGAUGUAGCACCAACCUAAACUUGGUCACAGACUGCAUGGAACAUGCUCUGACAUCCAUGCAUCCUCGAACUCGCUAUUCAGCUGGUUGGAAUGCUCGCUUUUUCUUCAUCCCUCUGUCUUAUUUACCUACAUCAUUGGCAGACUAUGUACUGACGAGAUCUUGGCCCAAACCUGCCCAGGCAAUCUAA